AUGGCCCGCGAAACCAAAGUCACCGCCUUCCAAACCCGCGUCUACACCCUCCUGCAACAGAUCCCCGAGGGCAAAGUCACAUCCUACGCCGCAUUGUCGAAGGCGCUGAACAGCUCCCCGCGCGCGGUGGGCGGGGCUCUGAGGAAUAACCCGUUUGCGCCGGAGGUGCCGUGCCAUCGGUGUAUUGCGAGUACUGGGUUCAUCGGCGGCUUUCAGGGUGAUUGGCAGAAAGCGCCUAGUGGGGUUAAUGUUGAGAAGAAGAUGGGGUUGUUGAAGGAGGAGGGGGUGGAGUUUGAUGGGAAGGGGAUGCUGGUGGAUAGGGGAGCAUGGUGGGAUGAGUUUAGACUUUGA